GUAGGGCUAGGGCCAGGCUUCUCUGGGCCAAGGAUCAAGGUCCCUGGCUGGGGUAGGCCCGCACGCAUUCCAGUCUUCCGGGGCACUCCGAAGAGGGCGCAGUAGAGCCUCAGCAGCCAGCGAGAACCGGCGCCACCUCGGCGGAAGGUGGGACCCGUUGUGUCCCCGCCCUGGGGCGGAGUUAUCUGGACCUGGGACCCGACCUCAACGCCGAAGCCUCUCGGAAGCAAUCGUUCGGGGAGGACGUUAAGAAGCCCCGAGAGCAAGGCGGCGGAAGUGGCUUCAUCCCCUGUCUCGACUGCAUUGUGAGAGUGAAUCUUUCAAGAUGGACCUCAUCUUAGAUGUGAACAUUCAGAUUUACCCUGUAGACUUGGGUGACAAGUUCCGGUUGGUCAUAGCCAGUACCUUGUAUGAAGAUGGCACCCUGGAUGAUGGUGAAUACAAUCCCACCGAUGACAGGCCUUCCAGGGCUGACCAAUUUGAGUAUGUAAUGUAUGGGAAAGUGUACAGAAUUGAGGGAGAUGAAACUUCUACUGAAGCGGCAACACGUCUCUCUGCCUAUGUGUCCUAUGGGGGCCUGCUCAUGAGGCUGCAGGGUGAUGCCAACAACCUGCAUGGAUUUGAAGUGGAUUCCAGAGUGUAUCUGCUGAUGAAAAAACUGGCCUUCUGAACCAUCCCGGAAGCCAACCUUGCUGCUUAGUCUCUCAGGCCACAGACAGUCGUUCAAGCCUGAGUGGAGUUGCUGUUGUUCACCUGUUCGGGAGGUGCUGGCUUUCUGUCCACUGUGGCUGCAUCUUUAGGUGGUCUGGACUCAAUGGGAAACUGACUAACCUGUAAAAGACCCAGUGGGAGAGCUUAAAAUGAAUCAGAAGUUGUUUUGUGUAUGUGAUUUUUUUAAAUUAAACUUUACUUUUUCAGACA